AUGGCUGACAGGGGUCUGUUUUUGGAGAGCAGGGCCCGUAUCCAGCUGCCCCGCAGCCAACGGGUGCCCCAAACCCCUCCUGCCAUCGCUCGGUCCCCACCAGGAACGCGCCUGCAGGCGUGGACCCCGCACCCCACCACGCUCCUCACCAAGUCGGGGACGGCCGGAGUGUUUAGGGGAGCAACCGGACGCUUCACCACGCUGGAGGACGCCCGGGCCGGGAUUUGGCUGCCGGGCGUACGUCGGUGCGCACCCUUCCCCGGGCCCCCCUCCGCCUCCCUGCAUGAAUUCCCUUAUCCCCCCCAAACCGGUCCCCGCGUCGCACCGGGUUCUCCCACUGGUGGGGUACCGCCGGUUACCGAUCUGGUGCUGGGAGCGACGGCCGGUUGCUUGGCCUGCGUCCUCACCAACCCGCUGGAGGUGGUCAAGACGCGGUUGCAGCUGCAGGGCGAGUUGCAGCCCCCCGGGACCUACCCCCGGCCCUACCGGGGGGUGCUGCGGGCGGUGGGGGCCGUCUGUCGGGCCGACGGGCUGCGGGGGCUGCAGAAGGGCCUGGCCGCCGGCCUCCUCUACCAGGGGCUGAUGAACGGCGUCCGAUUUUAUUGCUAUUCCUGCGCCGAGGACGCCGGCUGGACCGGGUAUCCCGGUGGGACCGUGGCUGCCGGGGCUGUGGCCGGGGCGGUGGGAGCCUUCGUGGGCAGCCCCGCGUACCUGGUCAAGACCCACCUCCAAGCCCAGACGCUGGCGGGGGGGGGCGGCGGCGGCGCCCAGGCCAACCACGAGUGCAUCUCCGGGGCUUUCGAGAGUAUCUACAAGCAGCACGGGGUGGCGGGGCUGUGGCGGGGGGUGACGGGCGCUGUGCCGCGCGUGGCGGUGGGCUCGGCCGCGCAGCUCGCCACCUUCGCCUCCGCCAAGGACUGGGUCUGCGAGCGCCAGUGGUUCGGGGAGGGCAGCUGGGCCGCGGUGCUGGCGGGGGGCAUGGUGAGCGCCGUGGCCGUGGCGGUGACGAUGACGCCCUUCGACGUGGUCAGCACCCGUCUCUACAACCAGCCGGUGGACGCCGACGGCACAGGCAAACUCUAUCGGGGUUUUUUGGAUUGCAUCCUGCAAAUCUCCAGCAAAGAGGGGCUGCUGGGCUUGUACAAGGGCAUCGGCGCCGUCUACCUCCGCCUCGGCCCCCACACCGUCCUCAGCCUCUUCUUCUGGGACGAGCUCAGGAAGAUGGUGCAGCACCAGCAGCCCCCGGGGCCGUAG